AUGAAACGUUCCCAUUUGGCUCGGUUUUUUGCUCACAAGUAUCAAGCAGCCAUUCGGGAUGAGGUGAAUCGGAAAAAGAAAGAAGAAGAAGAAGAAAUUGAUGGUCGUCGACGACAAAAUGAUUCAGGACCGCAAUCGAGUCAAAUUUCUAUUUUCAAACAAUAUCAAAACGCCUCGGAUGAAAUAUUUGAAAUAUUACCACAGCUAUGGUAUGAAAGAAAACGAGAACCUUUCCUCUACGAAAUGAAUCACUGCGUUGUGUUUAAUGAUGCGUUUCUAUUUAAUUAUAUUCUGAAAAUAAUUUCAUACUUUUCACAGAAUCAAUGUGAUAGCCAUGAGAAGAAAAUAAUCGAAGGAAUGAAGGUAUUGGUAAAAUCAAGCUUAAACAAAGAAAGACACCCCAAAAAGAUGGAACGUGCGGUCGAAGAAUUAUUGGAUCAAUGCAAUUCUCAAAUUUAUUAUUUGAAACGUAACGUAGUGAAUGGUAGCAGCUAUGUGAAAGAGCAAGAACAAGUUUGGCAACGUUUCACAUUGAAGGCCUCUCUUGUUGUUUCAGCAUUACUAAUUAUAUUGAACAUCACAUCAAAGUGGAAACGAGAGCAAUCAACAGAAGAGAGAGAGUUAAAGAUCCAAGAAUUCAACUUUUUAUCACUACAAUUUAUUCAUGAGCUUUGCUUCAUGACACAUUCCGAAAGAGUGAAAUGUUCCUUGGAUAUUAUUGUGAAAAAGAAAAAUCCAUCAUUUAUAAGAAAGGUAGCAAGAUUUUUCAAAGUACUUGCCAUAGAGAGAGCGUAUCGAUAUUCUUCAUUCAAUCAAGCACUUUACUUUGUUUCGAUAUUUGGAAGUAGAUUAUUUCCUGCUCUAUUUAAGAAAGUAUUCAAGGCUAUUGAAAAAUUCAAAGGACAGAAACAGGCAAAAGACAACUCAACUGAUACAAAGAAACAGGCGACCAACAAUAAUCGAUUAAGAGACAUAGAGUUUUUAGGAUUUAUUGUUGGAUCAUUAUUUGGCGCGGGAGGUUGUGCAUCAGUCGUUCUUACAGGACUAGAUUAUUUGAAAGAAAAAGGUCUUGGAUCUCACAUGAAAGAUACACCUCUCAAACUUGUGGGCAUUUCUAAGAGUUUUUGGAUGAGUAUUGGAGCACUUUUUGGUAUAGUGACAAACAUUGUUGUCAGACACAGUUUGAGAAAAGGUGUGACACUUGUACUACAGAAAUAUUUGAAUAAUCCACAAUUUAUCAAAAAUGUGGCUGGAAAGAAAAAACGAGCUCAUGGCAAAAUUAAUGAUUAG